GUGGGUUGACUUGGACGCUUCCACCACGACUUCUUCCUCAACUUCCCUCCUCCCACCUCCUCCUUUCCUUUCAAUCUUCCCCACACGCACAGACAAGAAAGAGAUUGAUGGCCUCUUGAACUUAAGGGAUGCAAACGGAAAGAUUCCGGCGACCGAGGUCCUCUGUUUAGAACCGAAGCCGGAAAGCCGAGAGGAGGACGACUGUAGGAGAGAUAGCGAAGGAAAAUCGAGGCGACUCUGGCGAUCGGAGAAGGAGAGAGUUAGGCGUUGCGAGUGCGGGCAGCGAGAGGAGGAAUCGAAUGGGAGAAAACAGGGAGAUCGCCGGCGGGCCGCCGUCCGAUCAACCCGAACGAGUCUACGUCGCCCUCGGGAAGUGCUUCAAGAAGAACGUGAAGAACCUGAAGUGGAGCAUCCGCAAUUUCCCCGACGGGACGAUCGUGAUUUUGCACGUUCAUGAUCCUCAGGAGAGGCCCGCCGCCCCUCUCGGAGGGAAGUUGUAUCGUUCGAUAUUUAAAUCACGUGAAGCAGACGCCCCUAAACAGAGGAGUCAAGAAGAGAUGGCGAAAGUCAUUCAGCAGUAUUUAAACCUCUGUGCCACAGAAAAGAUUAAAGCGGACAAACUAGUCAUAGAAGCAGAGAGUGUGGAGAGGGGCAUCUUGGCCUUGGUUGCGCAACAUGAUAUCCGGAAACUUGUCAUGGGAGCUGCUUCGGACACCAAAUAUGAUCGGAAGAUGAAAGCACCAACUUCAGAGAAAGCUCGCCAUGUGAAGGCCUGUGCACCUCCUCACUGCCAGAUAUGGUUCGUGUGCAAUGGGAACCAAAUCUGUACAAGGGAACCCUCCCCUCUCCACAAGAUGCUCAGCGUUCCUUUGGUGCCAUCAACCAAUCCCUUCGUGGGUGAGGAAGAUAUUUGGCGGACGCCAUCCUCCAAUUUUCAGGUAGAACGGUCGGACGACCCUUCACAGUUAGCAGAUAACGGCUUGGCAGCCGGCGCUCCCGCUAGGACAUUGUCCCUGAUAAUAAAUGGACAAGAAAUGGCAGGAGACGAUCCAGAAAAUGAUAGAGGAUCUAUUUCAUUUCGUCAACUGGCAGAGGCAAAACUUGGUGAUAACUCAUGGGCAGAGGAGCACAAAGAUAGAAAGGCAGCGGAAGAGAAACAAAGGCUGUUGGAACUCUUGAAAGAGAAGGAUGACAGAAUUGCCCAGCUAUCGAGAGAAAAGGCCGAACUUGAGACGGCGUUAGCUGAAUCGGAGCGCAUUCUGAAGCAAACCAACGAGCAGCUGCAAGCAUCUCAAUCUUCUAGGAGAGAGAGUCCUGCCGUUCCAAGUUUUGCUGAGUUUACGUUGGAGGAGUUGCAAGAGGCUACUCACACGUUUGAUACAAGUUCACAAAUUGGUAAAGGAGGAUUUGGUGCUGUGUACAAGGGGAAGAUCCGCCACACCACAGUUGCCAUCAAGAAACUGAACUCUGACAGCAUUCAGGGAGCAACUGAGUUCCAACAAGAGGUAGAUAUUCUAACAAGAGUGAGACACCCAAAUCUGAUAACAUUAAUUGGUGCUUGCUCCCAAGCUGGCUGCCUUGUCUAUGAAUACCUACCCAAUGGCAGCUUGGAGGAUCGACUUCUUCGAAGAAGCAGGACAGUUCCAACACCAUCUCCACUUACAUGGAAAGAAAGAGUCAGGAUAGCUGGACAAAUAUACUCAGCUCUUUUCUUCCUUCAUUUUGCAAGGCCCUACACCAUUGUCCAUGGCGAUCUAAAACCUGCCAACAUCCUCCUUGAUGCUAACCUCAACGCAAAGAUUGGUGAUUUUGGCAUAUGUCGCCUCCUCCCUCAUCAAGAAUCUGCUGCCACAAUAUUUAGGCUUACUGAUCCCAAGGGAACUUAUGCAUAUGUAGAUCCUCAGUUCAUGGCGACCGGUGAAUUGACGGCCAAAUCGGAUGUUUAUGCAUUUGGUGUCAUCCUUUUGCAGUUACUGACUGCAAAACCCGGCUCUGGAUUGGCGAAUGAGGUUAAGAAGGUAUUGUCUUCCAAGAAACUGCAUGAGAUUCUUGAUCCAGCAGCAGGAAAGUGGCCAUCCAAGGAGGCAGUGCAACUAGCUAACUUGGGAUUGCACUGCUGUGAGCUGGAGAGGAAGAAUCGGCCGGACUUGGAAUCAGAUGUAUGGAAGGUGUUGCAAUGAAUCGUGUAGUUCAGACAAUAGAUGCUUUGUGUGUUAAAUGCAUGCCCCUUGUCCAAGACCUUGGUGAAAAGGUGAUGCAUAAGCUCUCCAACUACUGCAUUAGAUUAUCUUUUAUGAUUGAUUGCCACAUUCAGACGAUUGUAUUCGUUGCAUGUAACAACAGUUGUAUUCUUUGGCUCUUCACUUCA